AUGCCGCGCUCAUGGAAGUCCUCGGACUGGGUUUGCCCAGGUUGCAGGAACUGGAACCUGGGCAAGAACAUGAUGUGCGCCACCUGCAACCACCCGAAGCCAACCAUCAACACCAUGGGUGAGCGGGCCCACGACUUCUACCCCUUGGCCUCGCAGAAGAUGUUUUGCAACGGGCAGAAGAACUGCCCUGAGUGCCAUGCCAUCGUCCACAUGAGCCAUUCCGAGUGCCUCGCCUGCCGCGACCGAAAGAAGAACGCGGCGACGAUCCAGGCUCACCAGGCCUGUGUGGUGACCACCGCCACCGGCAGCAAGGACGCCAUGAGAUCCGACCGCCUCUACGCCUUGAAGGCGCCCGACGAAGUCUUGGCCCUCGAGGGCCCGCGCACGGCCGUCGACGAGCUCGUCGACAAGUACCGGGGUGUGGACGCCUUGGCCAUCAUCGAUGACCUCGAGAAGGUGAAAGCUGGGAAGGAGGCCAUGGACUCCAUGGAGGAGCAGCGCCGCAUCGCCGAGGAAGAGGCCAAGGAGAAGGAGCGCGAGCGGGAGCGGGAGCGAAAGAGGAAGGAGGCCGAGGAGCAGGCAAAGAAGGACUUGGUGACGGCUCAAAGGCAAGCCGCCGCCAUGGAAGCGGAGAGGAAACGAAAGCGCGAGGCUGCCCAGGAUCUGAUUGCCAGCAUGCUCGAUGCGGAGGCCGAGGCAGAGACGAAGGACGCCGAGGGCGGCCCUACCGCGGCAGCGCACGACUCGGCCGCCAGCGACGGCGCCGACGCAAGGCUGGAGAGGAAGGCGAAGCUCCUGAAGCAAGCGGAAGAGCUGAGGCAGAAGCAAGAGCAGAUGAAGCAAAAGCAGGUGGAGGAGGAGGCCGAGAGGCCGCGAGAACAUUCGGGGGAGCACCCAGGAUGCUGCGCGCUCCCUGUCCGGCUCACAGAGACUGCGCCGGCCUCCGAAGGUGACGCUGCCUCCACCAGAGAAGGAAUGGUUGUCAGCUAUCCGUCGGCUGCAGAAGGCAGUGCCUGGAGCUUUUUUACCAUCACCCCCAGGCUACUCUUCAAGAUUCGAGGCUCCAUCGUGCCGCAUUUGUUGCCUCAGCUGCUGGUGAUCGAAGGCAUCUCCGUUGCAGCCGUGCUCCUAGUGGAGGACUAUGCUCCGACGAAUUUUGGGGAGCAGGUCCAGAGCGGUACAGCGGCUGUGACCAUCCUCCUGUCCUUCUUGCUGGUUCUGAAGACGCAGGAGGCUUGCAAGCAGUUCUGGGAAGCUUUGGAUGACUUGACGACGAUGUGCCACUUGCUGCGCAGCAUUUCAAUGACCGUGUGUAGCAUGGUGAAGUGGGAGGCCCAUCCGGAAGUUGCAAACAAUGCCAAGAGGAUUGUGCGGCUACUUGCGCUGUACUACUUAACUGUCGUUGAGUUCUUUCAGCGGACUGGUUCCAAUGCCACCGCCAGCAAGAAGACUCAAGACAGGCUGCGAAGAGAUGUUGCGGCGUUGGCCGGCGACACGGAAUGGACGAUCUUGUAUCCCGGAGAGCACAAGUCUGUUGAGGGCUCGAAGUCCGUACACGACAACACAAGACCCUCCAUCAUCCUAUUCUGGAUAGAGCUGUCCUUGCGAAAGAUACUGGAUCACCAAGCAGUUGAGACUGACAUCAUGGCCUUACUGCUUAGCAAACUGAAUGCUUUGGGCGAAAAGUUCUGGUAUAUGGACAAGAUUGAUAAGACACAAUUCCCAUUUCCAUAUUGCCAGAUCGUGAAGUGGAUCACCUUGGUGUUUCUGGGAUUCCUUCCCUUCGGCUUGGCACAGCUCUGUCGCUGGUGGACCUUGGCUUUCGCGGCAAUGGCCACCAUAGGCUUCUAUGGCUUGGACGAGGUGGCCGAGAUCCUUGAGUCUCCGCUUGGAAACGAUCCAAACGAUCUGGACCUCCGGGCCUAUGGCGAUGCGCUGAUGUCCGACAUGGAACUCAUCUGCCGCUGUAGGGACAUGAACCUGGACUUCGUGUUUAAACCGCAGGAGCACGUCGAUUUCUCGCAACUCUUGACCAGCUUUGACACUAAGAAGAAGUUCCACGAGCGCUUCUCCACGAACCUGAGUGCAGUUGCCUCGAAGCGAGCUCAUUCGAUGAACUCGGAAAUAGAAGUCGAGACAAAGCCUCGGAAGACGACCGUCGUGACCACCGAAGGCCUUCACUCCGUGCUGCCAGGAGCAAUCGCUGAUUGA